AGUUGCAAGCAAAUUUACACUUCACUUCAUAUACACACCCUUAGAAACACAAGACAUCACCCAAGAAAAUGGAUUCCAGUAGCAAUGGCAGUGAAGAAAGUCAGUUGUAUCAUGCUCAAAUCCAUCUGUACAAACAUAUAUACAGCUUUAUAAAUUCCAUGGCACUCAAAUCUGCUGUGGAACUAGGCAUAGCUGAUGCAAUCCACAACCAUGGAAAACCAAUGACUCUUACUGAAUUAGCUUCAUCUUUGAAACUCCAUCCUUCGAAAGUUAGUGUCCUGUAUCGUCUCUUGCGCCUGCUAACACACAAUGGUUUCUUUGCAAAAACAACACUGAUGAAUGGCAAAGAAGGAGAAGAAGAAACAACAUAUUCUCUCACUCCUCCUUCAAUGCUUCUCAUAAGUGGCAAAUCAACAUGUUUGUCACCAUUUGUUAGCGGAGUGCUUCAUCCAUGUCGUCUGAACGUGUGGCACUCCUCUAAGAAAUGGCUCACUGAGGACAAGGAACUCAGCCUAUUUGAGAGCGCAAGAGGAGAGACAUUUUGGGACUAUCUUAACAAAGAUACUGAAUCUGAUGAACUGAGUAUGUUUCAAGAGGCUAUGGCUGCUGAUUCUCAAAUCUUCAACCUUGCUCUAAAAGAGUGCAAUCAUGUGUUUGAAGGUUUGGAGUCUAUAGUUGAUGUUGGAGGUGGAAGAGGAGGUUUCACAAAACUCAUCCAUGAAGCUUUUCCUGACCUCAAAUGCACAGUAUUUGAUCAACCACAGGUUGUGGCUAACUUGUCUGGAGAUGAAAAUUUGAAAUUUGUUGGUGGAGAUAUGUUCAAAUCUAUCCCUCCUGCAGAUGCUGUUUUACUCAAGUGGAUUUUGCAUGAUUGGAAUGAUGAAUUGUCCUUAAAGAUAUUGGAGAAUUGCAAAAAAGCUAUUUCAGGAAAAGGGAAAAAAGGAAAGGUGAUAAUCAUUGACAUAUCAAUUGACGAAACAAGUGACAAUCAUGAAACAAAUGAGUUGAAAUUGGACUUUGAUUUCAUGAUGAUGACUUUGUUAAAUGGAAAAGAAAGAGAGAAGAAAGAAUGGGAGAAACUUAUACUCGACGCAGGCUUCAGCAGCUAUAAGAUUACUCCUAUAUGCGGCUUCAAGUCUAUCAUCGAAGUUUAUCCUUAAUUUUGAUUAGAACUUGUUUCACUUAAGUUAUGAUUAAAAUUCAAUAAGUUUGUACUCAAAAGUCAAAUUGAUAGUCACAACUGAAUAAUGUUAAUUAAGGUGCUAUGUUGUUUGGUAUUCAUAUGCAACUUUCUUACCAUGUAUGAUCUUAGCCAGUCAAUUUCUUUGAAGAUGUUAAAUUUGGUUCCAAAAUUCCUCCCUUUACCAA